AUGGACGCGGAGCAGUAUGCGGCUCAUGCAGCUGUAGACCAAAUCUGUGAUUUUUAUGCUACUUUGGAUCAUCGUCCUGUGACGGCGCAAGUUGAACGGGGCUACCUUGCCCCCCAUCUCGCGAACUCUGCACCUCAACAAGGUGAGACUUGGGAUGUGAUCAUGCGCGACUACCAUGAGCACAUCUUGCCAGGUAUCACGCAAUGGCAGCAUCCUAUGUUUUUUGGAUAUUUCCCCUCGAACGUAACCUACGAAGGCAUCCUUGCGGAUAUGUUUGCUGCUAUGACCACCAACCCUGCGUUCAAUUGGAACGCCUCGCCGGCCGUCACCGAACUCGAGUUCAUUGCGCUCAACUGGAUUGCUUCGAUGCUAGGACUCUCUGAAGCUUUCCAUACACGCGAUGAAAAGUCUACGAGUGGCGGUGGUGUAAUCCUUGGCUCUGCCAGUGAGUCAACUCUCAUUAUGGCCAUUGCGGCUCGUGAGCGCGCUGUGCGGCAUCGUGUGCUUGAGACCGGGCGAUCCGAUGCCGAUGUCCGCGCUGAUCUCCUUCCGAAGAUGGUGUUGUAUUGUACGACACAGACUCAUUCGUCUGGUCACAAAGCGGCCAAGAUUCUGGGGCUGCAAUGCCGUUCGUUGCCCGUGUACCGCGAAGACCACUUUGGACUGCGUGGUGAGACACUUCGUGCUGCGCUUGAAGAGGAUCUACGAAAUGGACGUUAUCCGUUUUACCUUGUGGCAUCGUACGGCACGACCAACACGUGUGCUAUUGACUACAUGCCGGAAUUGGUAGACGUUCGGACAGCCUACCCGCAAUUGUGGCUGCAUCUAGAUGCUGCGUAUGCUGGCGUCGUGUGGAGUUUGCCAGAGUACCGUGAUGUGAACCUGGAAGCGGUCAACAAAAACUUUGAUUCCCUAUCGACCAACCUACACAAAUGGGGCUUGGUUCAGUUUGAAUCGUCGCCGACGUUUGUACGCGAUCGCACGAAUUUGACAGAAGCGCUCUCCCUUACGCCAGAGUACCUCAAGUCCAAGAACACAGGCCACGAUUCCGUAUGGGACCUGCGCAAUAUGCAAAUCACGUUGGGACGCCGAUUCCGUGCGCUCAAGGUGUGGAUGGUGCUUCGCAGUUACGGCAUCGAAGGUUUCCAGGCGCAUUUGCGCAAAUGCAUGCGACUCGCAAAGCAGAUCCAUGAGGGCCUCGCAUCGCAUGCCCGCCUUGAGAUGCUGGCUCCGCCACGGUGGGGUUUAGUCCUUUUCCGCUUGACCAAGCCCGAGGCCACCACCGCGGAAUUGGAUGCGUUGAAUCAUGCUUUCGAUGAAGUGCUCUCGCAUCAUUCUGCCGAGAUCCUUCUCACACCUACAACACUGCCUACCAUUGGAUUCUGUUUCCGCUUAGUUGUCGGUGCACCUGCCACGACCGAUGUGCACGCACAGCGCGCCAUCGCGCUGCUCACGUCGUGCGCCGACGCGACGUUGGCCCAUGCAUCGGCCACGUGCUAG